AUGUCAUCCAGUGAUCAGAAACCAAUAUCUGCUGCUGCGUUGCAGCCUGAAACAUGGACUGCAUCAUCAAACGAUGCACUCAAGCUAUUUGUCACGAAUGAAGAUGAGGCGAUCAAUUUCCGUCCGGUGUUUACAUAUCCCAUCUUUGGCGAUGCAGAAACGAUUUACGGUUUGCUGAGAAAUGCUGAGAAACUAGACGAUUCUGACUUGAUUGAUAUUAAGGAGACAAUGAUGAAGUACUUGCCCCAGGACACCAUCUAUAAGGACGAGAUCCGAUGGGUGGACUCAAUCAAGGAUGAGAAAGAAAAGUAUGAGAUUCCUGGCGAAAAAGUUGACUCAUUCAAAGCUGACAACUUGACUUAUGAGAUUUAUAAGAUCAACUUGAAGCUGGCCCAGGGGUUGGAGUUGCAUAAACGACUUCAGGUUUUGGUCUUGCUCUAUAUUGAAGCUGGCUCAUUCAUUGAUGCCGAGGACGAGCUCUGGGAUGUUUAUGUGUUGUAUGAAAGAGUUGAGGGUGAAAGUGAACCAUCAGUUGCUGGGUUUGCUACCGCAUAUAAUUACUGGAGAUACCCUGGAUCUGCUAAAUUUGAUGCUGGGGAGACCGAGGUGCGGAUGAAAAUUUCGCAAUUUAUUAUACUACCUAUGUACCAGGGCAAGGGACUUGGUCAGGCUUUUUACACACAUUUGUAUAGUUAUUGGUUAACGAAAAGUGAUGUUGUUGAAAUUGUUGUUGAAGAUCCUAAUGAGGCGUUUGACGAUAUGAGGGAUAGAGCAGAUUUGAAGAAAUUGGCGGAGACAGAUCUGGGGUUUGAUUUGAGCAAAGUAGUUGCAAACAAUAUCGACAAGGUAUGGGUUGAUGAGACGAGAAAAAAGUUGAAGCUUGAAAAAAGGCAAUUUUCGAGACUAUUGGAGAUGGUAUUGUUAUACAAGUUGAAGCAUCACUUGGGGAACAUUUCUAGACCCGAUGUGCGUAAGUUUAUAAAGACGCGGUUGUACAAGAAGAACAAGGAAGGGUUGGAUGGUUUAGAAGAGAAUGAUAGAAAGGAUAAGUUGCAGACUGCGUACCAGGCAUUGGAAGAGGAUUACUUUAGAAUACUUGGCGAUGUGAAACUAGGUCUGAAUAAGCGAAAAGUAGAAGCUGGUGAAGAUCAACAUGGUAACAACAACAACAACAACAGCAGCAGCAGCAAAAAGAAGAAGGUGAACGGUGUAUAA